AUGAUAUCGCCACCCAUGUCUGUUCGUACGCCACUGACAGAGUGCGUACCAGCAUCGAAAGAGUUUUUGCGUUUUCUUAAAGAAAAAGAAGGGUGUAAGGCCUUAUCAUCGUUCGAAGAUACUGGGUGUGCAGGUUUUCAUUUGGAGGAAAAUUGUAUUGCCAUAACAACAGAAGAAUCAACUUCCGUUCUCAGCAUUGAAAACUCGCUGAAAAGAUCAUGGCACGAUUUCGAUAUGAAAAAAGCAAUGAGAGUUUCUCUGUUAAAUCAACUAUGUGCUCAUAGUCAAACUGUUCAAUAUUCUGUGAAUCAAGCAGCUCUGAUUGCUUUCUUCAAACAUCUUCUCCUUCGUGAAUCGGGAGUAGCAGACCUUAUUAUUGAAUCAAAUGGAGCUGUCAGUUGGUUUGGUCCUAUCGAAUCUGUUAACCACGCCCGAUCAAUGAUAGAAAGAAUGUUUCAGCAAUUUUCCGUAGUCGAAGAAUUAUCUUUAGAGCCAGAAAACGUUCGUUUACGCAAUAACAGUCAUUUAGAUGCUCCGGAAAGUCCUUCUGCCUGGCAAGAUCCGUUCUCGAGGUAUUAUGGCACAGCAGAACCUCAAACUCUUGAAAGAGCUCCAUCUCUAGGAUCGCCAACAGAAACUACCAACGAUGUCUCCCAAGUUAGAAUCGGUGGAACUCGAAGAAAGGAGCGUUUGAUGUUCAUGGUCCGCUCUUCGGAUGCUCCACGUUUGAUAGGAACACGUGGUGUGAAUAAGAAACGUAUUGAAGACGCUACUGGAUGUUCAAUAACAUUACAUACCGAAUCCAAAAAGGAUGGUGAGUUCCCAGUCGAAAUCAUCGGACAAAACACAAGACACUGCGAAACCGCGAAAUCACAUAUAGAAUCUUUUCUAUCUAACUCGGGUUCUAGUGUAGAAGAAGAAAAAAAGUUCCGUGAACGUCCGAAAGUUCAUUUAGUUUUUAGCCCCAAGAAGACUCCUGGCACUCCACGUAAGGAGAAGGAAGAUCAUAGCUUGUAA